ACUCGUAGUCGUAGUCGUGUCUACAAGUGCAGCGCAACCACCAUGACGCCUACCCGCUACCUCGCGGCGCUGGCCGCCGCCGCCGCGCUACUCUUCAUGCUCGGCGGCCUGCACGGCGUCGAAGCGGGGCCGGCGGACACCGACUGCGCCGUCGCCCAGACGGCGUUCGGCGACUGCACCGGAUACGUCGCCGGCGUGGAGGACAAGCUCUCGCCUCGCUGCUGCAGGGGGCUCGCCGACAUCAGGGACAUGGCGCCGACCUUUGACCGGCGGCGCGCCCUCUGCGCGUGCAUCCACAAGGAGAUGCUCGCCGCCGGCAAGGUGGUCACCCGCCGCGCCGCCACGCUCUCCGCCAGGUGCGGCGUCCGUAUCUCCUUCCUCCCGACCGCCCACGCCUUCGACUGCUAUCGGAUUCCGCGAACUGAUUGAGAAAUCGGCUUAAUCAUGGCGCCCAACAAAGAGCAUCGAAUAAGAUGACUUGCACGACUUGUGGUGGGCAUAUUUACGUUUCUCUUUCUUUUCUUUUUUCCUUCUUUAAUUUCACAAAGAGUAAACAGAAGAAUAAUCUAGCUUGUAAUGAUUUUUGGAAUAAAGAUCAUCGCAAGUAGGACUUGUUUACUCUGAAACAAUAUGUAGAAACUUAGUCCGCGUGUAAUCUGUAUCUUAUCCAUAUUAUUAAUAUAUUGAAGUUCAUCGUAAAAUUUUAGAAAAA